UCUGUCGAGAAACCACACAUGACCCCUGGUCAGUUCCAAUAGAAACUUUCACAUGGUGGGUUGGCUUGUUAACAGUCUCAAACUGUUUAGGUCUGACAGGUGGUUGACCACUUGUUAGUUUUGCACCAUACCAACGCUCUCUUUGCCCGAAAACUAAAAGACAGCUGUCAAUAAAUGAGGAAAAUCGGAUGCGUUAGAAUGCAUGUCACUAUAAAACCAAGUGUCUAGCAUUGACUUUCAUGAACUGGAAGCUAACGCUACUCAUGCUACGCUGUAAAACGCGCAGACUGUGGAAAGCUGCUAACAAACUCAUGCACUAGGAUACCGAUACUUGAGAAUGAUUUCGGCGUAAGGUGUAGCAAAAGCGGAGUACAGUACGGUUGGCUAACUUUGGUUUAGGUUGGCGCUCGGGGUAACAAAAUUCACCAACAGAGGACACCGUUAUCAUACUAACUAGCAAUAUAACGUUAGCUUGUUAGCCACACACCAGCUACAUGAUGUCAAUAGUUAGCAUGCUCGCAUGCAUGAUUCCACUAUUUAAGGUGCAGUGUCUGGACCAGUAAACCAACUUCAUUUCCCGAAAGGUUGUUUGUUGACAUGUCUGCAUUAAAGUACACUCUGGGCCUUCUGGCCCUGCUUGUAGUGUCCGCCUGGGCCGAGGAGGAGCUCUCUGUCUCUGAGCUGCUGGAGAAGGCCAACAGGAAUGUUGUGCAUACCCGCAACGAGCCCUUGAUUGUGGAUGACAUCGCCUACGUCAACGAGGCUGAGAGGAACGCUGACCCCUGCACAUCUCGCGGCUGCAUGUGGCCCAAGUCCAGCGACGGCAGAGUCUAUGUUCCCUACGUCAUCGCCAACCAGUACUCCACCAGGGAGCUGGAAGUCAUUGAGCGUGGUCUGCAGUCCUUUGCAGGCUUCUCCUGCAUCAACUUCAUCAAGCGCACCAACCAAAGAGACUACUUGCACAUCCAGUCCCAGAACGGGUGCUGGUCCUAUGUUGGUCGUUCUGGCAAUGCCCAGGUUGUGUCUCUGAGCCGAUCCGGCUGUGUGUACCACGGCACCACCCAGCACGAGCUCCUCCAUGCCCUGGGCUUCAACCACGAGCAGACCCGCAGCGACCGUGACAAUCACAUCCGCGUUCUCCUCCAGAAUGUCCAGUCCGGCAUGGAGCACAACUUCAACAAGAUCGCCACCCUGAACCAGGGAACGGCCUAUGACUACAACUCCGUCAUGCAGUACCACAGGUACGCCUUCUCCAAGAACAACCAGCCCACCAUGGUUCCCUUCCCCAACCAGAACGUGGAGAUCGGCAACGCCUCCCAGAUGAGCCAGAGCGACAUCACCCGUCUCAACAGGCUGUACAACUGUUAAACAGACACCUUGUGUUGUCUCUCACAAGGUUGUGUCAAUGACUCAGUCUUGAUAAAAACACAGAGUAAAGUUCAAUAAACCGGCGUGUAAAAAUAUA